AUGUUUCUUUACCUAGUUCUGACCUUUUCAUGUAUGUACAUUGUGAGAUAUUUUUUGCUGUUUUUAUUGAAAUCGCCACAUCAAAAAGUAAGAGCUGGCUAUCAAGAGGAUUUAAUAUUUCCCUUUGAACAGGAGUUUGAAUUAUAUUAUGCAAAUGUGUCUACGAAUUCAAUGAAAGUGCGAAUGUGUUUAGAAGAAGCAGGCCUUGCAUACAAAUCACAUGUUGUUAAACUCCCCAAAUCUGGUUCGUUUGAAACAAAAACAUCCUCAUUUUUGCAAAUUAAUCCAGCAGGUACUGUUCCUGUGUUACUACAUAAUGGUCAUCCAGUUUAUGAAUCCAGUGAGCAACUUAUCUAUAUUGCAAAAUAUGUGGGCAAAAACAAUAUUUUAAUACCUAGUGAUUUGCAAACCCAAAAAUGUAUGAUGCGGUUCCUAGAAAUAACAAGCGUAUUUGCUCAUGAAAUUAUGGAUGAUGUAGAUAAAGCGUUGGAACAUCGAGUUGGUAAUUGUAUUUACUUUUUCUCACUUCCUUUGUUUAUCGCAAUGGCUGCAAGGUUUAAUGUGAAAAUAAAAUUUUAUACGUUAUUGCAGACAAUCUAUAUGUUGCUUAUCAACACCUGCUCAAGGAAACAACUUAUUCAAACUUGCAUUGCAUUGUUUGGUUUAAACACUAUUAAGUAUAUCCAUCCAAUGAGAAAAAUAAUAAUGAAAAUGCAAAAAUAUCUGUUAGAUCAUUUAAUGCACCUUGAGCAGCAUCUUAAGGAAAAUAGUUCAAAGAAAAUAAUUGAAGUUGCCAACAGAAAUGAUGGAAGACCCAUUGAACAUCAAUACUUGCAUGGCAAUUUGGUGUUUAUUGACGAUAUGUGCUGGGCAGCUAUUUUUUAUCGUUUAAAAAAUGCUUGUUGGUUGGACGACAUCUCGACUAAAAAGUUUCCACUUGUGCACCAGUAUUGGAGGUCACUUCAAUGUUUACCAUCGUUUAAGAAAGUAACAAUGUUUUCUGAAAAAGAGAGUGUAGAGGAGAGGCUUGUUCAAAGUCAAAUAAGGAUGUGGAAACGAACACAGCCGUGGUUUUUACAGCUUUACACUGGGAAUAUUAGUGAACUGAAAAAAGAAGCUUGAUGCGGUGUUGUUUAUGUGCAUGUAAAUGUAAUAUUUUAUAUAGAUUUUUGGGUGUAUAAUAAUAAAGAUUCUUUUUAUAAAAAUAA